CGUUUUGUACCACUGAUUUUGCUUAUAAGCAAUGCAGUGUGUUGACUUUGAAUGCAUGAAGAAUGGAAAGAUCUUGACAAAUUUACUGCAGCCCAGACUUCACUGUACAAGUCAGCAUCCCCACAGCUAGCUAGCUAGCUAGCUAAGCUCAUUGUUUUUGCAGACAACAAGUUUGCAGCACACGCAGACUUGUAGAUAUGUACAUGGAUUGCUUAUCAGAUGUCGAGCAUCCGAGGGAGGCUAUGUCUGCUGCAGCUGGUCCUAGCAGCAGCAGCUCGGUGUCGAUGUCAGAGCUAGAGACUGAGUCCCAGCAAGGUAGCUCCUCCAACUCGAAUGGAAAUGCCAACAGUGAAAUAGCCCAAGUUGAAAUUGCCCAAGUGGACGCUUCAUCAACCACAUCUUCUUCGGAUAACAUCUCAGCAACUAUUCCACUUCAGCUUAAUUACACACAGGCCCAUGAUCAAGUCACCUGGUUACCCUUGGGGGCAAGUUACAUGCACAACUUUCUGAGCCAAUCUCUCUCUACCAGCUCAGCAUCAUCACCCAAUCAAAAAGAGUUGCUGCACUCCAUGAACAGUGAGACUACAGCACUCUAUAGUAUGGACACCUCAUCACAACUUUCGAUGAUUUCUUCUCCCUCCUCCACCACCACUUCCAGCUCUCCGCCAGGUUCGGCUGCCAUUCUCUGUAGUCCCCCAUCCUCUCUUCAAGCACACCAAGGCAUAUUUGUGGACAUACUCUCGGGACAAGGACAGGCAGGAAGUAGUCAAGCCGAUGAAGAGGAAACCACUCCACAAGUUUGUCUGUGGGAAGGCUGCAAUCAAGAGUUUCAAUCUCUGCCACUACUGGUCUCACAUUUAGACAAGGGACACACACUGGCCAUGUCACAGUAUAUCUGCUACUGGAAAGAUUGUACUCGCAAUUUCAAACCGUUUGAUGCAAGAUACAAACUCAUCACACAUUUGAGAUGUCAUACUGGAGAGAAGCCUUUCAAAUGUGAGCUGCUAAGUUGCAAUCGGUGCUUUUCGAGAUUAGAGAACCUCAAACUGCACGUUCGAACUCACACUGGCGAAAAACCAUACGAGUGUCAUUACGAAGGCUGUGCAAAGCGGUUCAAUAAUACGAGUGACAGAGCAAAACAUAUGAAAACUCAUGUGACGCGAAAACCGUACGCUUGUAAGUAUCCAGGUUGCGAGAAGAGCUAUACGGAUCCAAGCUCAAUGCGAAAACACAUUAAAUACUCACACAAGCUCAAGGAGAGACAAGAGCGUGGUAGCAGCUCGGGAAAUAGCUGCGAAGCUAUGACAUCAAUGAUUGAUGCAAGCAGUAUUGUACCCUUCGAAGCAUCCUCAAGCUCAGGCUCAUCGGCAAGAACUCCAUCACUCUCUCCUUCCUCCUUUGUGUUCCACAGCCCUACUGGGACACCACUCUCUCCUCCCAUACACUCACCGCACGCCUCUCUGCCUCAAGAGUCGGCAAGGAUUGCCCACUCCUCUGCAAAUCUGAAGAGGAGAUUGAUGAAUGGAACUCAGCUGAUUCCUACUGGACCUGCUAUCAGCAAUCAACCUCAGCUUAUUCCGAUCCCAUUGGUACAGCUACCUGCAGGAUCACCGUACCAAAACCAGCUGCUAGGACUAAUACCUGGAGGCCCUCAAGUGGCCAAGGGAAUGAUAUUGAUGCCAAUGGCUUCUUCAGCAGAGAACUUACAGAGACAGCAUGUGAUUCAAAUCGCUCCUCAACCAACUUCGAUUCAAUCGCCAGUGACAAGCACCAAUGACACUCUCAGUUUGAGGCAGGCCGAACAGAUUAAAGAUACAUCUUCCCAACAAAAUGUUGAGGCUCAACUUCGACAGAAAAUUGCUCGGCUACAGCAAGAACUGUGUCAAACACAAACUCUUCUUGCUCACCAAAAUGCUAUCGCCCACCAGAAUAAACAAAUUCUUCGACCACCAAUGCUACUUCAGCAUGUGCCUCCAAGAAUGGAUCACAUGACAACCCAAACAGUUAUCGCCAGGUCGAAUAAUGGACGUGUGACUCUCUCCAGCACGGCUUCUGAUCGCCCUCUCACACCCCUAUGCACAGGUGUGUCUGUAUCGUCCCUAACCACACCCACUACUACAGGUAGUCCCCAAUUCAUUCCUCUUGUGAACUCACAAGGAUUUCAAUUUUUGUACACACCAUCAAUUCCACAUUCAUCUGUAUAGGGUGAUCGUUUAAUCAAUUGAAUAUCACUUUUUGUAA